CAGAUUCGAAUUGGUGGCAAGAAGUAUGGAGAUUUUGAUAAAAAUGCGUUCCAUGGAAAGUUAUCGUGUCUUCAGUUAUAUAAUGUAUCACUAACCGAACUCCAAGUAGAGAUUAUCCAACACUAUUGCAUUGAUGCCUUCAAAAUUUGCGUGAAUCACAAAUCCAUUGAUGUCCCUGAUCGACAACUGAGCAAGAGGGAAGCUGUUCAUCCUCCAGACAAAACUACCAUCGAUUUCACCCAAUGGUAUAGACUUACAGGGAAAAGGAUUCUUUCAUUCUGUCCGACGUCAAGCUCCUGUGGGACCCAGACUCCAGGAUGGCUUAAAGGUCUAUAUCCCACGACGGAGGACGGGAUCAAAACAAUGGAAUUGUGCUAUCGUAAAGAGUCUGAUUGUUGUGCCUUCAAAGUCAGUGUGCUUGUGAGGCAGUGUUAUGGACAUUACGUGUUCAAGUUUCAUGACUUUCCGGUUGAAGGCCGAUUUUGCACAGAACCAGAUCCAACGGCAUUUGCUGACGUCAUGUUUAUAUCCACCAAUGAAAGAUGCCUAACUGAUCACGUGUUUUAUUCGACGGAGGAUGCUGAAGAGCCAUCUAAAUGUGUCAGCUAUUGCUUGAAUGCUGGAAGUAAAUGCAAGUCUUUUAACUAUAUCAACGAAGGGAGCGGCAAGUGCCAGCUUAACAACGCCACAAAAGCUGAGGGUCAUCUUCGAGAGGAUUCCCAGUGUUCUUAUUAUGAAGUUAUAUAAUAAGUUUUUAAGGGCUACUAGACAGAUAUAUGACAAAACAUCGGAAAAGUCACGAAACGUUUUAGCCUUAUUUCAAUAAGGGUAUUAUAGAGCGGAUUUCGGAUUACUGUGCAAGGGCACGGAUCACGGCACGGUCACUGGUUCUCGCCUCAUAGUGAAUCCAAAUGAAAUUAAGGGUUUUAGAAUACACUGCCGUCACUGCGCGGUACAGACACGGCACGAAAGUACACAGUCGUAUGAAAUCCGCUUUAUCACGAACCAACGUAUUUUGACACGAUAUUGAUACAAUAUCUUAGAAACGUUUGGAAAAAAGCUUCAGUUUGAGAAAAUUACGUCAUCCUUUUGUUCUUGCUUAUUUUGAGACAAAAUUGUAUCUGCUUUGCGAUAACUCCAUAACACAAAUACUAUAUGAGACGGUAUAAUAGCUAAAUGAGUCAUAUAUUUGAAUAGGACACGGCGUUUUUAUUGAAAUAUAUGACUUUUGGACUUUUUAAAAUUGGUUUUGAACUUUAAAAAAUGUUAAACGUUGGGCGCCUUGUACAAAGGUUUUUUUUUUAUUUAGCUUUUGAUCCGCACCCGGAUCUUGAUCACAAUGGAUAAAGUAGAUGGAUGGAGUUAUAAAUAGUUUAGCUGGUCUUAAGGGAUAUACACUACUGUAAUUAUAACAAAGAUUGUGAUUCGAUGAAAUAACAAAGAYAGACAGGCAAUACAAAAAACAAAGUAGAACAAUCUUGCAUAAUCUUGAAAAUCUUUGUUUUUGUUGUCUCGAUCAAACAAUCAAUCACAAGCUUCGUUCUGACGGUAGUUGUCAUCCCUGUCUUAGGGAUAUGAGAUUCAAUUUAAGUGUCCCACACCCAUGUUAAAUAGAAUCUUCCGCCGUCCGACCGGUUAAUAUCAUACCGGUUUGUUAUAGCUCGUAUGUAUAUAACAAACAUUUCCACUAAAACACCAGUGUAAAUAAAUCUCGUCAGUAAUUUGUAACGUACAUGCACUGGUCUUGGAUGUGCCGACUUGUUGAGCACAGAACUGAGAAUGACUAGAAAACACGGAAAAGCUUCCAUGUCUAUGCAUGCAGCCCUAGCCUAGUAAAACUCAGGAAAACACAUAACAAUUUAAGUAUAAGUAGAAGAGUAGCAAGUUAGAGCUGCUUUUAUUUGACCGUAUAAUUUAAAGAAAGAAAAGAGACCAUUUCCAUUCAUAUAGUGUCUCACUACUCUAAAAAUGAAGACAGUUCCAGAGACAAAAUAGCACUGAGAAAUAUACAAGUUAWUUAACCAUUAGAGUAACUUUGUAAAGUAUAUUUUGUCUAACAUUGGAAGUUGGAGUGAUAUAAAUGUGGUGUCACCAGCCAGUGACACACCUUUGACAAGGUGUCUAAAACAUGCAAAACCAGAACCAUUUCAAGAACAGUCCGUUACUGUAAAAAGACAAAAAUUGGCCGCUAAUUGGAUCAGGUGAUUUUUCCUAUUCUCAAAUAAACUGACCAUGUCUGAUUGUUUCACAUAUAAGAGUAGUAAAAAGGGAUGAUUGAUACCAUCGAUAGAAAAGUUGUAUUUAGUAAGAAUAGCACACUGAUGCAGCAAAAGGAAUAAAAUACAAA